AUGCAUCAGCGUCUGGAGCAGUGCUGGGAACUCAAGAGGGCGGGGAAGGCCAUCUAUGAUUUCGAUGCAGCAUAUCAAGCGUCCAAGGAACCCGCAGUUUCUCCCACCAAGCAGAGGUUCCCCCGCUCUUACUUGGAGAUUCCACCACCAGGUCGGCCACCGGUCCAUCCCGAGAGACUGAAGCGCGCGGUGGAGCAAAGCAGGGCCGACGAGGCUAGAAGACGCAACGAGCCGCAUGUCAGGAGGCUUAAGGAGCUCAAGGAACGCCUAGCAAGGUCUUCAGGCCAGAUGGCAGCGUGGCAGGCCGGUGGCCUUCCAUCCGGGACCGGGAACCACUGGUUGCGCAACAGGCCGUCGGGCAGCAACUCAUCAGGUACCAACCGGUCAGGUAACCGGCCGUCUAAUACGAGUAAACGGCCUUCAUCACACUCUGAUUCGCCCCGAGCCCACCGAUGGGGGCCCUACCGCAACCAUUUUCGAAGAAGCCGCAACCAAACGCCCCGGAGUCCAAACCGCGGGGAAGGGUCGGAGGCCCAGAGGUCGCCGGAUAGGAGUGAAGACAGGCUUCGGAGGUGUAAUGGGGGUAUACCACGAAUUGAGGACGUGCAAAGUCCUCCGGAACUGAAGAGAGAGCCCGAUAAUGCAGGUCAAGGAUCGGAUGCGUCACCGAAACUGCAGCUGGCUACCCCGGCCAACUCUCCGACGUCCACUGAAGCUCCUGCUAUCGUAACCGCUCAACAACCCUGGGAUCGACCGCAAGAACAGCAAGUCGCAGAGGGCACGAUAGAAGGCGGGCGUGGCGAGCAGGUCCAGGAUCAGGUCCAGGCGCAUGCAAGAGAAGAAGCCCUCCAUGAUCUUCUGCGUGAGACCAGAGACGUAUUCAACGAGCGGACCAGCACAUGCCUUGACAGCAUACAGGGUUUAUCAGCCAGCAUCGAAAAGAUUCAGGAACGACAGAAAAGGAUCAAAAGGGCGUGGAAAGAAGAGAGAAAGGUACUGGUCGAGAAGAUAGACAAGCAGCACAAAUUGCUCGAGAGAAUCCUCCGAUCGUCGGUAAUGCAGAGCAUCGAAACAGAUGAAGCCAUAAGGCGGGCCAGGCAGACGAUAGACCGGGAUUGGCAGUAUGCGUUUGGCUCCGUGGGCGUGGACAGCGACGACUCAGCCGACGAGACAUGUACUCCGUCCAUGUCAAUGGGCCUACACCACGAGUACGAGGAGGGGGAGGACAUCGGCAUGGAGGAGGAGGAGGAGGAGGAGGAGGAGCAGCAGCCGGAGGCGGAAGGGCCACCGCCGGAGAAUGACGAGCAAGUCGCCAGUCAGCCGACUCCUGCUGCCUCGACGCCCCCCAGCCGGAAGCGAAAAGCGGGCGGGCAGAGGACCACUCCGGGAGCUGCCAAGAGACCGCCUUGGGUAGUGAAGGAGACGCCUGUGGCAAACCCCUACUUAGGGGUCAUUCUUGAGGACCUGGCCCGGCAGCAGCAGCGUCAGCUCCAGUACGCCCGAGAGCUUGCGCGCCGGCACCGUGUGUUGUCGGGAAGCGGCACGGCGGAGGAUCCGCUCAUUUUGGAUUCCUGAGGGGAGGGGUGAAAAAAAGAAAAAGGAUGUGUGCGGCUGGAUGAGAAAGAGCUCAAUCGGAAAGCUGUGGAUGCAACACGUAACGAAUCCUCUGUGAGGCGAUAAUAUUGUAAGGCCUGGUCACCUAGGUCAUUCUUAGAGUAGUCGGCGUUAAGAGCUGUGGUUCUUGUCAAGCAUUGAAGGCGUAUGAUAUAUAAAAUACCAAGGCUGU